UCUCCCUUGCGAAAGACGAGAGCAGCUGUUAAAAUGCCCGAGCCGGCCAAGUCCGCCCCCGCGCCCAAGAAGGGCUCCAAGAAGGCGGUGACCAAGACGCAGAAGAAGGGCGACAAGAAGCGCAAGAAGAGCCGCAAGGAGAGCUACUCGAUCUACGUGUACAAGGUGCUGAAGCAGGUGCACCCCGACACGGGCAUCUCGUCCAAGGCCAUGGGCAUCAUGAACUCCUUCGUGAACGACAUCUUCGAGCGCAUCGCCGGCGAGGCCUCUCGCCUGGCGCACUACAACAAGCGCUCCACCAUCACCUCGCGGGAGAUCCAGACGGCCGUGCGGCUCCUGCUGCCCGGCGAGCUGGCCAAGCACGCCGUCUCCGAGGGCACCAAGGCUGUCACCAAGUACACCAGCUCCAAGUAAAAGUAGAACGGUUUUAAUCUAUAACCCAAAGGCUCUUUUAAGAGCCACCCACAUACUCCCUGAAAGAGCUUUAACACAGUAUCGUCUUUAUUGUGAAAAUGUAGUUAAAU